AUGGCGACGGCAGGCGCGAGGGCGCAAAAGCCCGUCGGCUCAGCGCCAUGGAUUGCAGCAGAGAAGGAAAACAUUGCAGAGCUCGUUGAACAAGAGAUGGAAGAAGUGGAAUAUCCUGUCCGACACGAAAUGGAUUGGUUAAAUGAACAUAUGACCGAGAUAUUCUCCAAGGGCCAGACGAAUUUUGCGGAUGUGUUCAAGACGCCUGGGAAGAUGAGAGGCAAGACACCCCGUACAACUCGGAAGCGUGCUCCUGAAGAGUCUCGCGUGCCCUUGAGCGAAAUCUUCUCGUCAGCCCACAAACAAUUAGAGGAUCAAGCAAAUUCCAGCCCAUUCAUUCAUCGUGUGGUUUCGAAGCCCGCGCCCGCCGCGGCAUCACCUGUGCCCCGCACCAAGGACGUGCCGGAGCAAGCUUCGCAGCCCGAAUACCCUGAUCUCACCCAAAAUCUCAACUCCUUCCCCAAAUACAACCCCGAUUCGGGCUACCAUGGCAUGCCCGACGAUGAUGAAAUGGUACUACCUGACGUGCAACAAGAAUCACAGGCUUCGACCCAGCCUUUUACCCAACCUCUCGAAGAACAGGAGCCCGUGAGCAUGGAGAUCCAUGAAGUCGACGGGUCCGUCGGUCAACAGACACAUGAGGAAUCCUUCCAUUCGGCGCAGGAGAACGUCCGCUCCCGUGGAGAGACCGUCGAGACGGAGAGUGGCCCAACCCCAACCCGUGUGCGAACAGCGCCUCCAGCCGCAUCAAUUCCCAAAGAAUCUGAGGUCGAGAAAACUUCGACUCCGACUAAGAUGUCAAAGCUGAAAUCAAAGACCAAAAUCUCGGAACGGCAAGAGAUUAAGAAGGAUUCUGAGCCUAUGGAGCUUGAUCACGCUGUCUCGGAACCUGAGCCAUCACCAGAAAAGGCCCCGCUGGCCCCAAUAGCUCCGCCUGUUGAGCCUCAGGGGCUUCAGCCAGAAGACGAGGACAUGGAAGAUGCCACACAAGAUGUUACGAAAGACGACCCGGUUCUUGACAAUCUUGACGACAUCGGCUCUCCUUCAGAUGGCUCUACUCCUGAGCGACCGUUUGCUCGGAAGAGUAGCCUGAGCUUUGCCACCCUCCCUGCGCGGGAGCCUCUGAAGACCCGCACGAGCUACGUUGAUCUAGCCAAGAUGAGUACGGCUGGACGUCCCAGUUACUUUGGUAGACAGACCGGUGGCCAUAGGGUGCCGCAGGCGGCGGCGGAGGAGACCGCCGCUACCAGGACCUUCGACAACGAUAAUAUGAAGGAACCAACCGAAGAAGCGGAUCCUGCACAGGCUACCAGGAUGCACAGUAAGAAGUCUACACAGUCGUUGCACGAGAGAAUCAGCAUGCUGGGAAAACUCCAGCCAUCCCGACCCAGGAAAUCGAUCCCAUCCGCGUCUGGAAUAUCAGUUGGACAAGUUUCCUAUCCCGACCUUGCAGCUUCCAAGCCUGAGACAAAGCCGGAUGCUUUGACUGAGAGAACACAGGAGGUUCCAGCGCCGGAGCCCAUGUCAGUCGACGAUGACUGGAUCAGGCCUUUGAGCUCGCCCCAGAAAUCUGAGCUUUCCAGGAGCAAGACCACGGAUAUCAUGGAAAGACUCGCUAUACUCGAGAAGGAGCGCGCAAGCAACAGAACAGAUACUUUGAAAGCAGAGCCUGAGCGUCCCAAAUCAUCCGCCUCGAUAUUCUCAUCUCCCCGGCAGCAUGGCCACCAGCAAAGCGCUUCAUUCUCCCAUCUUGCCGCUGAUUCAUCCACUACACCCACGGGCUCCCCGAGGCGAUUCGACGGUCACAUCAGUGCCUCAAAGAUGAGACUACACUCGAUCAUGAAAUCUGCUAAAGGCUUGUUCUCAAGCACCGGCAACACACCACGCGCCGAACACUCUUCGCCUGAGCAGCCACGCAUUCAGCCGGGCGCUGACGCCUCUGCUAAAGCUGCGAAGCACUUAUCUCAACCGGUCCCGAUGUCUAGUCCCCAACGUCCGGAAGGCCGACGGACGCGAAGCUCAACCGAGAAAGAGGAGAAACGGCGCCAGCACGAACGGAUGGAGCAUGAGCGUGAGGAAAAAGAAAUGGAAGCAAUGCGUGAAAGGUCUCGGGAGCAGGAAAGGCAGAAGGCCCUGCAGCUCAAGGCCGCUCAGGAAGUCUCGUCGGCCGAGCCCGAGGAGAGGUCAAACCCAGCACCGCACAAGCCCUCCUCCCAACGACAACCAUCGCGUGAGCCUGAAUUGUCUCAAGAUUCUAACGCGAGGUUUGCCAUUCCCCAGCCCAAGCAAAACGAGCGCCGUCCUCUCAAGCCCACUCGCGAGCCCGUGAAACGACCAACACCUCAGCCCAUGUCCAUUCGUGUUGGCAGUACCAUGUCUCGUCAGCAAAUUCCUGUCGCAUCAUCUUCGGCUACUCAAGAAUCGAACGUUCCCGUCGCCGCCGCUGCUCCUGCCUCGCGGCCGACCCUGAAAACGAAGGGUAGCAAUACAUCUUUACACACAUCAUCUUCCGCAAGCAGCUUCAAGAGCUCAGUUUCCAGUCAGACGCAAGCUCAGCGCAAGGCUCAGGUAGCUAAUGACCGCAAGAAGGAGCAGGAACGUGAAGCGCGCCGAAAGGAAGAACAAAAGCGCGAACUGGAACGCAAGCGUGCUGUCCAACAGCAACAACAGGAAGAAGCUCGUCGGCAGGAAAUUAAGCUUCGUGCCGAGGCUGAACGAGAGCGCCAGGCCGAACGGGAACGCCAGGCCGAGCGGGAACGCCAGGCCGAACGGGAACGCCAAGCUGAACGAGAGCGCCGCGAACGGUCGGCUCAAGAAGACCCAAACAAAGCCGCCCGUAUGGAAGCCAUCAAGAAGCGUCAAGCAGAGAAUGCGCGGAAGCAUGGGAGGCAAGGCAGCCAACAAAUUGUCAACGAAGUAAGCAUGCAUCUUUCAAACGAGCUUUAUAUGCCGCUAACACCAUGGCCCACUCUACAGCAUGAGCAGGCAUAUUCCCAGUCUUCGCAGCGAAGUGAUCUAGGUGCUUCUCGCCCUGCAUCUCGCUUGGGCAGCUCAAUCCAACCAUUUGGUGGCCGUACUAUCAUCCCACCCGCGCCUAACCCCGCCAAACCGCCCAAGAGAGGCAACAAUGAUGAGCCCAGCCAGCGGCCUGCAGUGACCAAACCCAGCAAUGUGCAAUCAACUGGCGAGUUCAAGCGGCGAAAAACGGAGGAUGAGCAUAACCCUAUGCCUCCUGUACGCACAAUGGCACAGCCCAUCCGCCAAUCGAGCAUUAGAAAGCCUUCUACUCUUGGCCGUGGCCAGUCAUCGUUGGCACCCCAGCCUGCGUCUUCCGGCUACAGAAAUGCUCAACCUCAGCGACCCGCCCACCCGAUAGUGACGUACACGAACGGCAAGAUACCGUUUGCCGAACCGAACCAUGCGCCUCCACCAAGUGCUCACAAGCCUCCGCCCAGCUCUGUGCAGCGUCCACAGGCGAAGCCAUCCCCCAAGUACCCCAGUGGUGAAAACAUCCAUUUGCCAGAGAUCAAUACGGACAGUGAGGAUGAUGACGAUUCUGACUCUGAGAUGUUCCCCGUUCCCAAGUGGGCACAAGCGAAGGAGCUAGAGGGUCUUCUCCGCCAACAGGAUGGUAUGGAAGUUGACAAUAUCUUCGGGCCUAUUGCACCGUUCUCUCUGGAAGAAACCUUCAAGGCGGACAAGAAGAUCAAGAAAUACCGUGAUCGUACCAGCAGCGCUAAUUGGUCCGGUCCCGAUGGACUUACCCAGGAAGAGAUCCGGAGGGAUCUUGCCGAGCGCCAACGGUUGCGACUCAAUGGUGGUUGGAGCUUCACCACCCAGUGA